AUGAACUCAAAAGCUUUAAGAAAUUUAUAAGGUUAUUUAGAAACUGAGCGAAAAUGCAGAGAAAGAUUUCCCAUGAUUGAUGUAUAAAUAUUGUACCAUUAAGGAAUGUCAAUCUUUUUGGAAUCAUUAUAUUGACGUUAAAGAAUGCUAACAUUAGUUGAAAAUGUUUGAAGAAUGUUUUAGUAAGUAUAAACCAGCUGCAUACCAACAUAAAGGAAGAGAACCAGAUAAAGAUUGA